AUGGCUCACAACAAACCGAAAAAGCCUUCAAUUGGCAAAAAGCUUCAGCUAGCGACAUUAUUGCCGCUGGUCGUAGGCAUUCUGCUAAGCGCCCUUCUUACAGUUGUUAUACUAUUUUCCGAGCAUGUCGAUUGGAUCACUGAAACCGAAAAUUACCUUGUCGACAAAGAAAAAGAGCAUUUAAUUCGUGUCGCAAUAUCAAGAAGUGAAAGAAUUAAAUCAUACUUAACAAAUGUAAACAAAAAUUAGGCUGCCUAUGACAUGAGACUUUACAAAUCUGUCUAUAAUUCAACUAUUUCAGGAAAAAUGAUUGCAUCUUCAGAGAUCACAGACCCUGCAGCAAAAUAUGCUUAUGACACUUUCACGACAACAUGUAACUCUUAUAUAGCUUAUCCAAAUUUAGAUUACUCUGUAUGAUUUAACCCAACCGGGGAAAGCUUAUCAGCUUCAAAUUCGUAUAAAACAAUCAAACUUGUAGAUGCUUUUAUGAGACUUUUAUACCCUCUGAAAACAAGCACAUUUAGCCAGAUAGGGCUGGUCAUCACUGAUGGGUUGGAUUAUCGAUAUCCUUUACAAAACAUGAGCUAUAUAAAUGGGGUGCAGAAUUAUUCUGAGACUUGUAAAGUUUCUGAAUCAGCUUUUGACUCUAGAUGCACAGGCACUUAUUAUCUGCUGAAAAUUGAUAAUUUAGCUGAGGAGUUUAUGGCUUAUCCAGAAUAUUCAUAUGUAAAUCAGUUUUUAAAUAUGGAUGAUGGAGCAGUAGCAGGUUAUUUAUUUGAUACUUCAAUAUCGAACUUAAUGAUAGAAGUAGACGAUUAGAUUAGAUUACGAUGGGUAUUUAUAGUCCUCACUUCCUAAAGUGCUGAGAAUUUCUACAUGUGAACGCCUAUGGGGUUGAAUUCCUCAAGGCAGCUUGAGCACGGGCCGAAAUCCCCAAACUUCUCAGUAGGUGCAUUUUUCUCUCCUGAUCUUGUUCAAGCAAGACUUUGCAAGGAACCCCCAUUUCCAACAUAAGUGCCAAAAAAUUUCCAGCCUGCGUUACUUCGGUCAGAUAGUCCCGCUUAGGGACCCUUUUAGACUAGAGAGACUAGCCUUGAGAUCUUCAUCUAGCUUGUCUUCCCUUUUCUUGGGAUCAUCUCCCAAAAACUCAAUGCGCUUACGCAGACUCAGGGCAGGUCACAAAAACAGCUUAGGUAGAUAAUUCGCCCUGCCUCUAUUGGACAUCCAUUCUGGGCCUAGGUUCUGCUGGCAAAAAGGAUGCAAAAAAUGUCGCUCGAGCCAUGCCACUAAUCAGCAGAAAUAGUGUUGGGCCACUCGCUUCGAGGCUACCCAAUCCUUGGGCAGCUCUUUGCACAAAAAUCAGUAAGAAUAUACAUAAGAUACAGAUCACUAGUCACCAACCAUUUUAUGUAUAUAGAAGUAGAAGAUUAUGAAUAUUUUAUUACACAUAUUGAUGGAGAAUGGGUACUUGCACUCGACAAGCAAAGCCCCACAGUUUUCCAAGAAGAAACAAUAUGGAAUGCACUUUUCCCUGAAGAUUAUAUUCUAUCAGGAGAAGUAAAAUCAAAAGUCAUAGUCCCAAUUAUGAAUAAAGAAACCACCACAAUCACCAUUAAAGGAAUGAACUCAAAAUACUACGUAGGGGUAACACCUAUUAUUUUCAAUACAACUGAUUCAAGCCAAGAAAGCAUCUAUUCAGCAGGCGUUAUGGUGAAUGAUAACACAGUUCUCCAGGACUGAAAUGACUUGAUAGACGAUAUCAUUAAUAUCAUUAUAAUCCAAAUGUCAAUUUUUCUGUUUUUCUUACUGAUUACUCUGCUUGCUGCUUGGAAACUUGCGCUUUCAAUCACCCAUAGAAUUACACACCCUAUUAAACUUAUAGAAAAAUACUUAAGAGGGCGUGUGUCUUUGCAUACAGUUGAAAGAAAAUACAAUAAAGAAGUCAACCAGAUAAUUCACCAUUUAAGACUGUUAGUCAUUGUAGAAAGAUUUAUAGAGCCAAAUUAUUUAAACCAUCCAAAAAUGAAUAUUAGGUUAAGCAACUUAAAAGAGGCUGAGUCGUUGUUUAUUGCUAUUGAAAAUAACCGAGGGAUAGCUAUUGUAAAAAAUUUGAUUGGGAAUUUGCUAUUCGAUAGUGGGGAUUAUAAAGGAGCAAUUAAUGAGUACUCAGAAGCUCUAAAUUCAAUUGAAGAGCUGGAAAAAGAAGUUCUCGAACAGGAGGAAGAGGAAAAAAAGCUGAAUGAGAAUGAGAAAACACUGCUGAGACAGAAAACAGGAAAAGCUAUUGAAGGGUGGGAACAGGAAAAAGUUAUGCUGAGAGAAAACAUAAGUGAAAGAAUUCAACAGUUGUGUAUGGCGAAGCAAGCAUUUUUAGACGAAAAUUCAGAGCCUGUUGAACAGUUAAGAUCUGCGUGGAAAGAAAUUUUGGCACUUCAAACUCGGGCUUUGCAGCAUUAUAUAACUACUAGAACUCAUUAUAUAAGGCUGCUGAAAUUGCUAUAUCAAUAUAUAUCAAAAUAAAUAAGUAUUUUCUGUAUUAUAUCCUAUUUUCUAUAAAAAAUGCUGAAAUUGUUCUUACUCCCCCCCUCCGUGAGUGAACAAAACCAUUAGAAAAAUCGCUAUUUUUUGCCCAAAAACCCCGUGAGUGAACAAAAAUUUUUUUUAAAUGCAAAAAUUUUUGAUGGAAAAAAAAAUUUGAUAUAUAAAUGAUAAUUAUUAUAAUGAAAUCUAGAGCUAAUUCUGUUUAAUUUUAAACGAAUUGCUUUUUAAAAACAUAAAUUUUAUAAGUUAAAUUAAUAUUUGCUUUCCAAUUUUUGCGAAUUAGGAUUUUUUUUAAAUUUCGAAAAAAAAAAUUUUUUUAUAAAAUUUAUAUAUAAAUUUUUUUAAAAAAAAAUUAACCCCCCCUCCGUGAGUGAACAAAAUUUUUUUGUGUUCACUCACGGAGGGUGGGGGGGGAGUUAGCACCAAUAUUGAAUUACUAUAAAUUUUAUAAUUGACAUGGCCUAUGUCUUCCAAAACUUGCAAUAUUAUCACUCAGCUAUGGAAUUAUUGGACAUUGUAAGUGAUGAAAUAUGGAAACUUGAAAAUGAAGGAAAUGUAGAUAUUGAUAUCGAUAUUACCAGAUUAAGAAGAAUUGGUGUAAACGUCAAAGAAAAAGGCCAAAGAAAGCAGCAUUUUCAUAUUGGGAAUAUUAUUUACGAAAAAGAUAUCCUCAGACAAAUGAUGCUAUAUAGAAGAGGAAUGAUUUUAAAAGAAAACGAAAAAUUCCAAGAAGCCGGCUUAGCCUUUACUAUGGGUAUUGAGCAAGGCAAUACCUAUGACCCCCGCAUUCGAAAGCUCUGCAUAAUUGAGCUUUAUAAUAUCAUGCUUAAAUUCGGUGUAAUUGGUGAAGCUCCAGAGCUUAAAAAAAUGUAUGAAAAUUUAUUAUCAACAAAACGCUCCAUUUUAUUUGUGCUUUGCUAUGACAUAAAUUUAGAAGCCCAAGCAAAUAUUUUGCUGACUCAAUUUGUAAGCGAUGAAAUUGAGUCACAAAAUGAAAAAUUCGGAGUGGUGACUGUUUACCCUAAUUCUUUAACUGACUUAGAAGUUGUGGAAAGAGAUUUUCCUGGCAUGGAUUUGGAGUCUUUGUUUAAGGUCGCAAAAUCAAAUAUUAAAGCAGACCAUCCUUUUGAUGCCAUGAUGAGAGGUUUAAGAACCUUUCAGCUAGAUUCAGGAGAAAAAUAUAUGGUCGUAUUUUUAAAAAACGAAACUGAAAAUAUAGGAUGUGCUUAUUUAAGCAAUUUAAGUGAAAUUUUAGAAAAUGGGGUGAAAAUAAUUGUCAUUGUAAUGGAGGACUUUGUGCAAGAAGAUUUUGAAGAAUUUCUCAUGAGAAGUGACAGCAAAAUCAUUAAAUGCACUGGACAGAAAUCUUUUGAAGAAGCACUUGAAGAUUUAAGACAAGAGUUAUUGCUGGUAGAUAAUAUUUUAUAA